AUGUUGCAAGGUUCUGGAGGAGUCGUCACCAUCAGGAUGCUGAACAAGACGUGGGAAGAUCUUGACGUCCACAGCCUCCAGCUCCUCCAGCUGCCGACUGCUGACGUCAGCGGGGGUCCGGCCGGUGCCCCGGCGGCGGCAGGGCAGCCCGGGCCCGGGGGACCUGGCGGUGGAGGGUCGGGAACACACUGCUACAACGCCGGGCACUGGUACGACCAUCACUGGCGCUGUGAGGGUCCCUACGCACCCCCUGGGCCUCAAGGUCCUUCAGGCAACACACCACCGCCGGCCGCUCCUGGACAUCCGGGAACUUCAGGACAGGCGUCCGUUGACGUCAUCGACUUUGAGGACAUCUCAGAGCACAUCUCACCGGAGAUGGUGCAGAUGACCUUUCGACAAGGUAACCGGUACUACAAGGAGGGUGCCGAGGAGGCGGCCCGGAACGUGUACCUGUGGAUCUACUUCACCAUGCGGAACUCCAGCCGCCCCGAGCUGAGGGGCCACGCGCGGGAGGCCAUGAUCUAUCUCAUGCAGAUCCAACACGGACUUGACUUCUGGGCGCACGCGCAGAACAACAUCCCGAUGAACUCCUACAGCAGUAUCUACACGUACCUGUCCACCGAUAUCGUGCCCUACGCCAUUGACGUGGAGAAGGACUAUAAUCUGUACUUCGCGGAGGCCACGUCCCAGGAGCAAAAGAUGGUGGUGGCGAAGAGCAGCAUGGACCACAACAAGUUCACCAUCACGGUGCUGGAGAAACAGAAAAUGGAGAAACUGGACGAGCUCACACAGAUCCAGUCUGAGCUGCGUGACCUUGAGCAGCAGCAGGCAGUGCGGUUGGCGCGUGCGCAGGACGCCACAGCUGAGUGCCAGGAUGCCAUCGAGGCUGACCUGGUGCACAAGGCCACGGCCAUCCACUUCAGCGACAUCCUCAAGAUCGCAGGGGCGGCCAUCAAGAUAUACGCAUCUAUAUACACAGGUGGGCUGACCUUGGAAAGCGGCAUUAAAGACAUCAUCGGCGCCUUGGAGGCCGGGAAGAAACUCGGGGGUCUGGACUUUUUAGACCAGCUGAAGGGAGUCAAGACGAUCAUCAAGAACAUCUGGGGCACCUGGGACAAGGACAAGGGUAUCAUCAAGUCUGACUUGAAGGAUAUAGAAGAGCAGUACGAGAAGAUCAAGGACACGCUAGACCACACGGGUCAGGAGAACCAGCAGAAGAUCGUGGUGGACGGGCAGAAGUUUGACGAGCAGUUCGACAAGUGGCUGUACCUGGCGCAGUGUCGGGAGGCCAGGCCCAAGAUACAGGCUUAUCUUAACGUUACACAAGCCGUGAAUGACAAGUUGGUCCACCAUGACGCUGUCGUCAUCAAGAUCCACAGUCUGGACGCGGAAGUUCAAGUUCUCCAGCAGCAGAACGCGCGCCUGCGCAGUGCGACGGCCGCAGUGUUUGACCCCACCAUCAUCAGUUACGCCAUCGCCAUUGGACGGGUCUACGUACAGUUAAAGGUGGGGUCCAGUCUAGGAUAG